AUGACAAUCAACGCCAUCAAAGCUCGCCAAAUCUUCGACAGCCGAGGGAACCCCACGGUGGAGGUUGAUCUAAUUACAGACAAGGGUCUCUUUCGUGCAGGAGUACCCAGCGGAGCCUCGACUGGAAUCCACGAGGCCUUGGAACUUCGAGAUGAUGUCAAGGGCGAUUACAUGGGCAAGGGAGUUUUGAAAGCCGUGGGUAAUGUGAACAAAAUUAUUGCGCCGGCCCUGCUUCAGAAGGGUUUUAAACCCAGCCAACAACAGGAAAUUGAUGACUUCAUGGUUAAGGAACUCGAUGGCACAGAAAACAAGAGCAAAUUGGGGGCAAAUGCAAUUCUUGGUGUAUCAAUCGCUGUCGCAAAGGCAGGAGCCGCCGAAAAGGGUGUCCCCUUGUAUCGCCACUUCGCUGAUCUAGCAGGAAAUAAGGACAUCAUCCUGCCUGUUCCAGCCUUCAAUGUUCUAAACGGUGGAAGCCAUGCGGGCAACAAACUCGCCAUGCAAGAAUUCAUGAUACUUCCCGUAGGGGCAAGUACCUUUACCGAGGCCAUGAAGAUGGGGUCGGAAACGUACCACAACCUUCGAACCGUCAUUAAGAAGAAGUACGGUCUUGAUGCCUGUAACGUCGGGGACGAAGGUGGGUUCGCACCGAACAUUCAGGACAACUUUGAGGGCCUAGAGCUGCUGAAAGAGGCUAUUCAGUUGGCGGGAUAUACUGGAAAGGUAAAAAUUGGCAUGGACGUGGCGGCUUCAGAGUUCUUUAAGGAAGGACUCUACGACCUCGACUUCAAGAAUCCCAACUCGCCUAAAGAUAAGUGGAUACAAUCCGAAAAGUUAGCAGGCAUCUACGAUGAGAUGAUCUCCAAGUAUCCUAUAGUCAGCAUUGAGGAUCCCUUCGACCAGGACGAUUGGGACUCCUGGACCAAGUACACGUCAAAUACACAAAUCCAGAUUGUUGGAGACGACCUAACUGUGACAAAUCCGAAGCGUGUGCAACAGGCUAUUGACCGAAAAGCUUGCAAUUGUCUCCUACUGAAGAUAAACCAGAUAGGAUCCAUCUCUGAGGCCAUUCAGGCUUGUAAUAUGGCCAGAAAGGCUGGCUGGGGCGUGAUGGUGUCGCACAGAUCCGGAGAGACGGAGGACUGCACCAUCGCUGACCUCGUAAUUGGGCUUCGAACGGGACAGAUCAAAACCGGUGCUCCCUGUCGAUCGGAACGGUUGGCGAAGUACAAUCAAAUGCUGCGUAUUGAGGAGGAACUUGGUGGUGCUGCAAAGUUUGCCGGCGAAAAUUUCCGCAAUCCAUAA